AUGGCGCUGGGCUGGGCUGCCUCUGCCUCGGCGCGGAGUGAUGACUUUGGGGCUGCCUUCUCGGUACCGGAUGAGGGUGUGGUUGGUGGAAGGAAGAUAGGCGAGAAAGUGCCAGAGAGUGCAGAGAUAGCGAGGCAGAUUAUAAUUAAUAGUAAUCCCACCAGUACGGCGUGUAAUAACAAUGGCAGAUGUGUGUAUUCCUGCUUUUUAUAUGAAAAAAGAGGAGGUAAAUUUGAUAAACUCGCCGAGGCAACGGCAAUCGCAAGACAGCGGGGUUAUAACCGAGAAGAAGAAGAAGAAGAAGAAGAAGAUGAUGAUGAUGAUGAUGAGGAGGAGGAGGAGGAGGAGGAGGAGAAGGAUGAGGGUGCAGUUCUUCGAUGUCGGGAGAAGUUGAAGCAGCAUAAACCGCGUUGCCCUCCCGACCAGGCAACGGGCCAAGAUACAAUAACUUGCAGACGAGAAGAGGCACCGAGAGCUUUCUGCCUCUGCCUCACGAUGCCGUCGCUUGUCGGGACGGGUUGGUUCGGGUCGGGUCGGCCACUGGUGCAGGCAGCUUGGCCUACCCGACACUGGAUUCCGCGCCGACAACUUCAACUUCACCUCCGUUCACUCGUGCCCAGCCACCCCCAUUCACAUGCACACGCCGACAUGACACAUGCAUCCACGACAGCGCAGGCCGCUUUUCACACUUUUCCAGUCGCCCGGUUCCUGCUCGUCUGUUCGGCCGACUCGCAAAGCUGCAUUAGUCGCAACCCGCAAGAUGCUAACCUCCUCCGGUAUCACCUCCUGCCCACCUGCCCUCCCGUCUGUCCUCGUCUCCCUCACUUUGCUUUCCCACCAUUUUAUUUGUUUAUUCGUCUUGUGCUCGAGGCUCGUCUCCUUUGUUGCUUGGCCAGGCAGGCUCGCGCUCUGCGCUUAUUAAAGCCUUAG